CGUCGCCUAUAUACAUGAGCAGUACCAUGGACAUAACAGAGUAUACUGUUUCGCCCAUGAUACCCCCCAUGCGUUGCCAUUCCUGAGGACUCGGAUGUUAUUCCUCUGUACCCAGUAAAUUCACGCCAUAUCCCACUCUUUAAACCGAAACACAGCCAUGCAAACACAACUGCUUCACGGUUGAAACACGAAUGGGGCAGAGGUACCCAUGCAAUCGACUUUUGUACAAAGUCUCCCUCUUGUAUUUGCUCGGGAAAUCUAUUAUUAAUUACGAAACGCUAUUCUUGCUUUUAUUUUUUUAAUUUAUACCUAUUGUACAGUUAUUAUGUACAGAUAUUAAAAAAGGUUGUAAGACUCUUAGAUUAAGGAUAGAUUUGCGAUAUAACUGGUCUAAUAUUGACAGCGCAUAGAAAUAUAUAAACAUUAAUUGGCAGAUGUAAUGAUGAUAAAUAUUUGAAAGCACAAUUUACAUAAGUCACGAAAAUAAAAUAUAAAACCAAAACAAGUUUAUUUGGGCAAAUUAUGUAAAAUUUGAAAUCAGAGUAAAAAAGGAAAUUAUUGAAUCAAUUUAUAUUGUAGGAAGAAAAACGUGGAUGGAUUUUCUUGAUUCGCUCGAUUUAGAAACAACCCAUAAAAAAACGAAAAGGGUCAAAUCAUGGUACUUAUAUGAGCAAUUUAAAUCUCUGGAAAGAAAUCAGUUGGACGCUGCUCAGCAACUGAAAGACAGGUCCUACCAGGAGAGAAUCCUACGUCGGGAGCUAUGUGAAAGAAAAGCUAGACGAAGGCUCUAUGAUCAAUUUGGACUAUGUACUUUUGAACCUAAAACAGAGAAGAGCAUUAAAAGCGAAGGAACAAAAACAUCAUUUAAUCAGAGCCACGAUGAUUUUUUCGCAAGUUUUUGCGAACUUGAAGACGACUAUCUCAGUGAAGCCACCGAGCACGAUUUGGAAGACUCCGACAAUUUAAAUCAAGAUGGCUCUCAAGUUGGCACACCGAAUGUGGAAGAAUUCAAAAGUAUAGAAGAUAUAAGAAACGAUAACAGCAUCGAGGAAAGCAUUACUAGUGUUGUCAAGAAUCUCAACAUCAAAGAGGGAAAUUUGGCUGACGAUAUAAAGGAGGAGCUCGAAUCUGUAAAGAGAAAUAUAGCUGAAAAUAUCAGUAUGCAAAAAGGAACUGUGAAAGCGAGUUUGCAGUGCAUAGAAAAUUAUACCAAGAUAUGUGACGAUGACAAGACUCCUACAGACAGAAGUCAGACAACGAUGGAAAUGCCUAAAGUGAAGAAUAGGAGAGAGCAUGUUCGCACAAACGAUUACGACAAUAACUUGUUUAUCAUGUGGUCAAAAUUGGUUUCAUUUGCUUAUCAAAUUAUUCAACUGAAUCACGGUAAUUGCUAUUAUGACUACGGCUCCCAAUUUCUGACCGCUGUACUUGCUUGCGAUGUCCUGCGGAGGGGCAUCAACCAAAUGUGUCAUAUUUUGCAGCCUUACGUUUCUCCGAUAAAGUAUGCUACUGAGGGAUCAGACACUUUCUCCGUCGGUCACAAAACUGAGAAAAGGAAAACGUCCACAAUUGUGAAAAAAUUGAAAAACAUGACACAACGAAAGCUACAACCUUAUCGACGAAAAGAAAAUGAAUUGUCUCUUGAUAAAAAGUAUUAUUCGGAACAUUGUCCAAAAUACGUGUUCGCAUAUCAAAGCAACAGAAAUCGGAGAGCCAGCGAACCAUGGCGUAGUAAAACUAAGUUUUCAUCCAGUAAGCGAGAUUCCAGUUUCACUCGUAGAUCUUCUACAAUAUGGCCGGAUAUUUCAAGAGAAUAUUUAACAGCAGGUUGCAACUGUUCCUGUCAUACGUUAAGGGAUCCAAUGAUAAAUAUAGCUCGCUAUAUAGAUAGUAUAUUGACAGACAUCGAGGAUUGCAAUCACGAAGAAAAUUGUUUGUGCAACUAAUUUUGUAUAUCACGGGUUUACUAUAUUUAUACUUUUUUUUUUAUUAAUGUUUGUUAUAUUCUUUUUUAUUUUAUAUUACAAUUUUAAUAAUAGUUUUAUUUAUUUAUUUAUAAAAGACACACCAACAAUAUGCUCACAAUAAUUAAGUAGACAAUAUACAAUGUUAUUAGUAAGUAAAAGAGAAAAACUACUAUUAAAAAAUGCUUAAAUCAAAGUUUGAACAAAAAAUCUUACUCCUCACUGCCAAGCUUAAGGCUAUAUGAACAUAUCAAUUAAAGGUGUAUACAGUUUUUGUAGGAUUAUACACCUAUUCGUAUUUCUUUAUCAAACAAAUUUGUUUUAAAGUUUAAAUAAGCGCUGUUACAUUUGUCUUAGAGGCCAACUUAUAAAGGUAAUUUCAAAAAUAUAGAAUUAUAAAAUUUUUAUAAGUCGUCGAUAAAUGAGAUCGAUUCCCAUCGAUCUAAUUC